AUGUAUGCUUUUGGUGGGUUUAUCACGUAUUGUUUUCAUAGUGAUUUGAGUGGGGUCAACCUUAAUUGCUUCGACCCUUAUGCUGAACAGCAGAGUGUAACAGUAUCUGUUGAGAAAAUACAGAAUUCUCCUCACGAGAACGCGUUGACGUAUUCCGGCUCUACGUCAGAUAAUGCGUUUAAAAUAUCGUUGAGGACAACAAGUUAUGGGAGCUCGAAUGGGAGUAUCCGUUAUCCGUUUGAACAUCGAGUUGCAUCUCAGGCUUCUGAAAACUACAAGUCAAACAGUUGCUUCCCGAGAGAAUGUAGUCUCCACUCCAUGUGGUCUGAUUAUUAUGUUCCGCGUCCAGAGUUCAAGCCGUCUAUUCAAAAGAUAGAAAGCUUGGUCUCUAUUGGAAUAGUAAACUUGGCCAUGGAUGAAAGAACCUGUAAGUCUUCAUCCGAACGUCAAUCUCAAGCCCCACAUUCGGAGAACAAGCUUCAGUCUCCUACGUAUACCAGCGCGUUCCAAGAUACCGCUAACAGAAGCAUCAACGAUGUUAAAGUAAAAGGACGUAAUAUUUUCCGGGAGAAACUCAUUCAAUGGAAUAUAAUUCAAGACAAUCAAGUCGGAGCAUUACCUGAGUAUGUGUGGCCCCGCGAAGCUAAAGUGAUUGAUGGAGAAACUCUUAUUCAAGUCGGCAGCUCAAAAGAUACGAUGUACUAUUAUGCUGAAAAUGGUUUAAUCGGAAAGGGUGGUUAUGGUUCGGUUUAUAAAGGCUACGCCAUGAAAGGAGAAAAGAAGACACCCGUUGCUGUGAAAUUUGUGAAAUACAUUUCAGUCGAAGAGUAUUGCAAGGAUAAAGACUUAGGUCUUGUGCCAAGUGAAGUCUACUACCUGAAGAAAAUGAAGGAACAUCCUAAUGUCAUCACGUUCCUGCAUUGCCAAAGGAUUUCUCCUGAUGUAUUUGUUAUUAUCUGUGAGCGACCCACUCACUGUCAAGACUUAUUCGACCUUCGACAGGAUAAAGGGGGGUUCUUUACCGAAGAUGAAACUAAAAAAUAUAUCACGAAGUUGCUUGAUGUUGAACUUGCAAUGCAGACGAAAAACAUCGUUCAUCGUGACAUCAAAUUAGAGAAUAUUCUCUACGACUUCGACACAGAUGAGAUUAAGCUAAUUGAUUUUGGAUUGGCCUCAAAACAUAAAUCUGGCAAAGUCCUCGACGAAUAUUGUGGCAGUGAAAUGAAUGUGCCACCAGAAUAUGUGAUAAAUGGACAAUAUGAUCCUUCAAAAGAGGCUGUACGAUCAAUUGGAGUUGUAAUAUAUCAGAUGCUGUAUGGUCGAGCGCCUUAUACAAAUUAUAACACGUAUUCAGAUGUCAUAGCGGGACUGCCAAAAUUUGACCACAUAUCUGAAGAAGUCAAAGACCUUCUUACGAAAUUAUUCGCAAUGAAUCCAAAGAAUAGGCCAAGUCUAAAACAAGUCGCAAAACACUCUUGGCUGAGACUUUCACGAUCAUUCACUGAAAGAGUGUCAGGCUUUUUCCGCGGUAUCUUUCGUAAACGUCGUGGUUCUUACGUCGUGUGUGGUUCAAAGAUGGCAAAGCAAUCUGCAACUGGUCGGGUUACGCGACAUCAGGCAGUUAGCGAGAGAAUCAGCAAUGCUCAGUCUUCCAACCAUACCCCGCUGAAGGCUGAACCCACCUUAACUCAGGAUAUACGGGCGAUCGAAGUUGGACUUUCAAACAACCAUCACUCCACAAACCAAGAUCACCCCGCAGCUUGCUAUAAUCCGUUCGCUGAACAAUGA